UGGCUCAAGGCAGGUCGACUCCACUUGUUGCUGGUCAGGCACAGCGGGGUGCUGACAACGGGGUUGUGUUCGGAAGUCGCUCGGGCGCGCGCGCCCACCGAGAUGAUCAAUGGCCAGCUGCUGGUCGGAACGCGGGGGCCGCCGCUGCCGGAGAGCGCCUGCGCGGGGUGCCGCCGCCCCACGCCGGGCCCGGCGGCGUGCCCCGAGCCCGCCGAGGGCGGCGCCCUCGCGAGCGGGCGCGCGGCCCCGAGCGGCGCGCCGCUCGGCAGCAGCGGCGUGCACCAGAGGCUGGUCGCGAGCCUCAGCGGCAAGCUGCAGCACGUGCUGGAGCAGCACGAGCAUGCUCCGGUGCACGAUGGAGCAGCGCACGCGGAUCGCAGCCAGCAGGGGCUCGCCGGGAGGACCAGCCGCGCGAGCCUGAGGCAGUCGCUCUCCGCGGCAGGCCUGCCCUUCCCGGGCCGCCUGCUGCUGCUGCCGCCCGGUGCCCGGGCCGCGCGGCGCCGCCCGCAGCAGGGGGCUGGCCGCUGCAGGAGGCCAGGAGGGGGCGGCCCAAUCGUGGCAAGAGGCCCGUGCCGCUGGCCGUGGAGCCCGCGCCGCUUGGGCCGGCCGCUGCGCACCCGAAGCCGGCUUUGCCCACAGCUCCUCGUCCUCGCCUGCCCCGGCGCCGCCCUCGCAGAUGGCGCUUUCCUGGGAGGAGCCGGCGUACGUGUGCGUGCUGCCCGACGCGGGAGGCGAGAUGGCACUAGGUGGCGCAUCAGCCACUGCCAUCGCGGGCGGUGUCGAGGCUGCGCCAGCCGCGGCUUCGAUCAGCCCGUUCCCCUCGGUGGGCUCCAUCGGGCAUCCCCGCAGCUGCGGGCGGCCGUGCAAGUACGCGGGCAAGCCGAAGAGCUGCAAGGUUGGCUACCUCUGCGACCGAUGCCACCUGUGCCACUGGACCCGGUCCAAGGAUGCUCGAGCACGCGUACACGUUGGUGGCCUGGCGCAGGAAACGGGUCACCAGGCCUAGGCGCCAGAGCGUCGGCAUGAGGAGGGG